AUGGCGGCGCCAAUGCCGCCCGCCAGCGCAAUGCGCAUAUUCCUAUGCACACUGCUGGCGUUCCUCUGCGACUGCCAGCUGGAUGACGCCGUGGGCCUCGUCCAGUCGUCGCUGUCCUGGCACCCGCAAGAGGCAGAGCAGGCCCUGGGGCCUUUCUUCGCGAAGGGCGAGGUCGACGAGGCGGCGGCGACGGUGACAGGGCUGGCCUGGCCGGCGCACGACUAUGCUCAAGCCGGCUCCCGGAUGCCCAGGCCGGCACUGAUCACCAUGGUGAGGAGGGCGCGCCUCGGCAACCGCCUCUUCCAGUGGGCGGCGAUGCUCUCUAUCGCGAAGGAGGCCGGGGCGCGAGCCAUGGCAGCUGCGAAUGGAAGGUACAGGCCCAGCGCGAUCCCGCAGCUCGCCAAUCUCGACGAGCUCGUCUGGUCGAGUGAGGACUUCGAGUGGCUGAACGCACAGCCCAGCAAGUGUCACAUGUGGGACUUCGCCUGGCCUGUGACGCUCGACUAUGGCCUCGAGAACCUGUCCAACUGGACCGCCAUGGGCAUGCCCAAGGGCGAGAUGCACAUUCGCGCCUCGCAGGAGCCGCGCAAGGGAAUGAACUGGGCGCGCAUGUUUGCCGACGCAAUUCUGACCACGCCGACCCCCAGCCCCUGCACGGUGGUCGAGCUGGACGGGUUCUGGCAGCGGUCCGAGUUCUUUGUGCACCACCUCAGCUGGCUCCGCCCCACCUUCUGGAAUCCGAAGGUCGCGGACACGGCCAAGCAGAUCAUGGACACGUGGCUCGGGCAGACAGCCCCGGCAGGUGCGGUGGUGGGCAUCCACCUGCGUCUUGGGGCACGUUGGCGGACAUCGGAACGGGCAGGAACCUGGACAUGGAUUACUAUAGGAACGGGCUCCUGGAAGUCAAGCGGCACCGCAGCGUGGAUUCGCUCACGUGCGUCAUUUUCUCGGACGACAUCAACUUGGCAUACAACGCCAGCUUGGAGCUCGAGUCGUGCACGAAUCGCAUCCCCGUGUACCCGUGCACGGAGCUCGGCAAAAAGUAUCACUGUGCGCCUUCCGAAAGGGUCGUGGACGAUAAGGUGA